UCGUGCUCGCUCAGUCUCAUACUCACUCUGUCCUCUCCCGCUCUAUGCAGGCUUGCUGCGAUUACCAUGCAGUGGUAGCUGGGCAAGACUGGUUGGCUGCUUGGUAGGGGGCGGCAGCGAGCGCCGAGCGCGAGUGUCAAGCUGGCCGGGCGCGAGCUGAGGGCGCGCGGAAGCGCAAUGCAUCCGCCGCCGCCUCCGCCGAUGCUGACCAACGCGCUGACGCACAGGACGCCGCUGCUGGGGCUGCGGCUCUGGGUGGUCGUGGGCCUCGCCGUCGGCGCCGCCUUCCUGCUCCUCCUCGCGCUCAUCGCGGUCUACUUCGCCGCGGCGGCACGGCGGCGCCGUCCCAAGCCGAUGAAGCCGUCCGCCGCCGGGCCGCACGCGGCGCCGAUGUCGCCCGCGGCCAUCCCGCCGGUGUCGAAGGAGAUCCAGGAGGUGGCCAUCCACGUGGGCUCCCUGCGGCACUACCUGGAGAUGGGCGCCGCGUACCUCAAGGACAAGGAGGGCGGCGGAGGGGACGGCGACUCGCUGUGCGGCAGCGUGGCCACGCACGGCUCGCAGCGCGUGCACAUCGAGGCCGGCAAGGGCCGCCGCAUGGUCGCGUGCGGCGCCGACGGCGGGGAGGUGGAGCCGGCGUCCCCGCAGCCCGACGCGGCGGCGGGGCCCGAGGUGUCGCACCUCGGGUGGGGCCACUGGUACACGCUCCGGGAGCUGGACGAGGCCACCGCCGGCUUCGCCCCCGACCGCGUCGUCGGCGAGGGCGGCUACGGCAUCGUGUACCGCGGCGUGUUCGCCGACGGCCACGAGGUGGCUGUCAAGAACCUCCUCAACAACCGGGGGCAGGCGGAGCGGGAGUUCACGGUGGAGGUGGAGGCGAUCGGCCGCGUCCGCCACAAGAACCUGGUCCGCCUGCUGGGCUACUGCGCCGAGGGAGCACACCGGAUACUGGUGUACGAGUACGUCGACAAUGGCAACCUGGAGCAGUGGCUCCACGGCGACGUCGGCCCGGUCAGCCCGCUGUCUUGGGACGCCCGGAUGAACGUCGUGCUCGGGACCGCCAAAGGGAUCACCUACUUGCACGAGGGGCUGGAGCCGAAGGUGGUGCACAGGGACAUCAAGUCCAGCAACAUUCUGCUGGACAAGCGGUGGAACUCCAAGGUCUCCGACUUCGGCCUCGCCAAGCUCCUCGGCUCCGACAGCAACUACGUCACCACCAGGGUCAUGGGAACAUUUGGCUAUGUGGCGCCGGAGUACGCGAGCACGGGCAUGCUGACGGAGAGGAGCGACGUGUACAGCUUCGGAGUCCUCGUAAUGGAGAUCAUCUCCGGCCGAUGCCCGGUCGACUACGCGAGACCGCCCGGGGAGGUUAACCUUGUGGAGUGGCUGAAGAAGAUGGUGAGCAACAGGGACUACGAAGCUGUCCUGGACCCAAAGCUGCCGGAGAAGCCAAGCUCCAAGGCGCUGAAGAAGGCUCUCUUAGUCGCGCUGAGGUGCGUGGAUCCCGACUCGCAGAAGCGGCCCAAGAUGGGGCAUGCCAUCCAUAUGCUCGAGGUCGACGACUUCCCCUACCGAGAUGAUCGGCGGACUCUACGGCCGUGCCAAGGAAGUCCCCUGGAGAAAGCAAGAGUUUCGGGGAAGCCGGUGACAGAAUCUGGCUAUAGCAGUUGCUACGAUGGCAACAGCACUGCUGCCACUACGCCUUCGAGGUUGCAGGAAAACUAGUUCGUUCUGCACAUGGUGGGUUUUUCUCUGAAAUCCUGCGUUCAGCUCUAGCCAGCUUGGGGAUGCUGUGGUAUAGCUCGGUUUUGUCGAUGUCGUUGUUAGUCCGGUUCUGUUGCCUCGGUGAUGCAUCAUGAGUUUUGUGGGAACCCUGCUUAAUUUGUCCAAGGUAUAGGUAAGCCGUAAGCAUAUCCUCGAUGGGAGAUUUCCCUUUGUUCUUCUGGUCUUUGUAGGUGUUUCAUGCACAGUCCUUACUGUGAUUGACAUAGCUUGCCGGACUGUUGUAUAGUUAAAUGAAUUGUUGUGUCAGAUCGUUUCUCACUUA